CUAAAAGGCCAGUCUCGGCCUUGACCAAUCAGGAGGUGGCGCUUGCUUCCUCCGCUUCUAUCGGAGUUCCUGCUCCCUUGCGAUGCGGAUCAUCUGCGAGCAGAUAACUAACAGAAGUAUGAGAAGUAUGUUUUCCCCAUCAGCACAAUAACAUUCUAUAGUUUUCCCUUCAUGUGCUGGGGAAGCUGAUACAUGCUUCAUACAGAAAAAGGAAGCUGGUAACUGGUGAAGGGUGGAAGGUCAGGAUCCUGUCAGCUGUGCUGGAGAAGACAUGGCUCUGACUGUUGAAACAGAAUCGCGAAUAUACCACUCUCUCAGAGCUGUCUUUGGUGCUACUGCGCACCUUGUCUCACUUGGAUUUACCAUCUUCGUAGCUGUGGUGGCUAGACCUGGAACAAGCUUGUUCUCCUGGCAUCCUUUCUUAAUGUCUCUUGCGUUUUCUUUCCUGAUGACAGAAGCCCUGCUGACUUUCUCUCCAGAGAGCUCCCUCCUCCAGUCCUUCUCCCGGAAGGCCAAGGUCCGCUUCCAUUGGGCUUUACAGUUGCUCUCACUCACCUGUGCAGUGUUGGGCUUGGCCAUCAUCAGCUAUAACAAGUACCGCAAGGGGAAAGACCAUUUUGUCACCUGGCACGGUUUGACUGGCUUGCUGACUGUGCUGUAUGCUAGCAUGCAGUGCAUGGGGGGCCUUGCUCUGCUCUACCCCAAGCUGAUGAAGAACUGGACACUGAGCAAACUCAAGCUUUACCACGCCACAUCAGGGCUGAUUGGUUACAUUCUUGGCUGUGCCAGUUUGAUGCUGGGUAUGUGUUCCUUGUGGUUUACCAUAUCUGUAACUGGAGUCUCCUGGUAUCUGUCCAUGCUGUGUCCUAUCCUCACCAGCCUGGUUAUUAUGAACCAAGUGAGCAAUGCCUACCUCUAUCGCAAAAGAAUCCAGCCUUGAAAGCCAUCCUGAAACAGACAGCUUGUGGGAUCUCUGAAGAAUUCCUGCAUUGUCAGUAAGGAGGCAGGUGGCCUUACAAGGCAGUGGGACUGAAGAAUCUCUUUUUACUUGCCUAUAGCAUCAUAUGGUAUUUUAUGUAAUUUCUGACUUUUCCCUGUUAAAAUCCUGGAGAUGCCCAUCCUGUUGAACGAGC